CCUGAGAAGCCUGCGCUCCUGGCAGCUUCUAGCUGCUGUGUCCAGAGAGGCCAAGGACUGCCGAAGAUUUCCCUUCAGUUGCCUGUUCAGAGACACAAGUGUGCACAUAGCCACCUGACACCUGACCUGAGGCCAGAGGAGACUGGCUGACAGCCUGCAGACCAGACCCAACAUGUGCAGCACCAGCGUAUACGAGCUGGAAGACAUCCCCCUGGAGGACGAUGACUCAAACAGCAUAGAGUUCAAGAUCCUUGCCUUCUACGCCAGGCACCAUGUCUUCAAGAGCACCACAGCCGUCUUCUCCCCCAAGCUCUCCAGAACAAAAAGUUUGUCCCAGAAAGCGUUGGGGACGUGGUCAACCGAUUCAUGGACGCAGGUGUCGCUGCCCUGCAGGAGCUCCCCCUCCGGUGAAAAGCACAUCAGCCUCGGCAAGAAGAAGUCUUCUUGGAGAACAUUCUUCAGAACAGCUGAGAAGGAGGAAGGCCCACUGGGCUCCUCAAAGGAGGUCCAUUUUCAGGGCCCUCCCUUUGCAGUAGAGAGUCAGGGUGGCUACCAAAACCAGCACCGGCCCAGGCCCCUGUCUAGGGUGGAGCAGCAUCAGGAGAGUGAAGCUGUGGACCCCAAAGCUGCUUGUAUUGCCAACCGCGUGGCUGAAAUCGUUAACUCCUGGCCACCACCAGAAGACAGCCACAGCCAGGGAGGAGGCUUCAAGUUCAAAGAGAGUGUCCCAAAGCUUCUGCACUUCCAGUUUGAAGGCAUUCAGUCUAGAGCUUGCGAUUCUAAGAAAGCAGAUGGAGAAGACCAAAUAAUAAGCAAAAUUGUUGAGCUGCUGAAAUUCUCAGGGGAUCAGUUGGGAAGAGAGAUAAAGAAAGACAAGGCUUUGAUGAGCAGCUUCCAGGAAGGGCUGUCCUACCCAGUGUUCAAAACCAUCACAGACCUGUUCCUGAAGGAUGUGGACACCAGAGGAGAAUCAGAGGUCAAGGCUCAGGGCUUCAAGGCUGCCCUCGCGAUAGAUGCCAUUGCCAAGCUCACCGCCAUCGACAACCACCCCAUGAACAGGAUGCUGGGCUUCGGGACCAAGUACCUAAAAGAGUACUUCUCCCCCUGGGUCCAGCGGAACGGUGGAUGGGAAAAAAUACUCGGGGUAUCACAUGAAGAAGUAGACUGAAAUUUCCAAAGAGCUGUCAUCUGGAAUGUUCCUUGUCCACCAGUGGCCCUCUGCCCACUGCGCUCAGCAUAGACUUCGGGAGAAAAUGAAAACAUACGCAGCAGACGGAGCCCGAAAUUUCUAGAGCCAGCCAUCCUUUGACUCAAGAGGCAUCGGGAGGGGCCUUGCUCUCUCCAGCUCAUAGGACUCAGCAAGCAUGGACUUUGCACUGAGGUUAUUUGAGUCCUCUGCUGAAUGUAUGAGGGAGUCCAUAAAGAUAAGUGAUCGGAAGGAAAACCAUCCUGUUGGCUCCGUUAGAGGAAGCGUUCGGUAGGUGUCUGUCGAUCUCAUGGAGGUGAAACCAUAAACUUGUGAGUGCUUA